AUGGCCAAAAAAAUGCAGGCCAAUCACGAAGCCCCUGAGCGGGAGGGAGGCCCUGAGACCCGAAUGAGUCUGGGGUGGCUAUUAGUCUAUUUACCGCCCGCUCGAAUGAGCCAAUCGCACAGGGCCGGCAUGAGACUAAAACUGCCGGAUCAUGCAGCCCCCGGGCGGUCAGCUGCCCGGAUCUCAGACAAGCCGGGCGCACCUGGGAGUGACCUGAUUCUAGAAAGAACGCAGUAG